GAAAAGUUGACGAAGAUGAAGGAAUGGUCGUAUAACGAUGCGUGAGUUUAUCAGAAGGCACCGUGAGAAGCUGAUCUCCGGACUUCUCUCUGGGUAGCUGUUAACAGGGGAUUUAAUUAUAACGAUUCUUGCCACCACGGGCUUGUCAGAGCCCGUAUUUCCAGACACUAACGGCCAGGUCUUCAUCUUCCCGAUCGUCGUGUUUGCGAUAUCUGGUUUCCUCGGAGUAAUUUUAGCUAUUUAUAGGGAUGCCAUGAAAUGGCUGUUAAACAUUCACGCCGCCUUUCUGGUACUCACUCUUUUGAUCUCUAUGACGUCAUUUAUGGCGAUCUCCAACAACGUAAGGACUUAUGACAUGGAGAGCUGCUACCUUAACGGGACAGUGUGUGACUGCAGGGAUGGGACAGAGAUGGUUGUGGAUUGUGACAGGUUGUAUCGCCUCCAUGUCAUUAUCUUCAUCAUCAUUGUAACAUACCUCAGCUGUAUGCUUCUCUGUCUAGUGGAGAGCGUGUGGGAUGCAAAGCGCAUGUGCUGCAGUGACGAGAUAGUGGAUAUUCCAGGAGUAUUAGAUGACGAUGAAGAGGAUGGCGAGAAAACCUCAAAGAACAAAGUUACAAAGAAUGUGUUCACCUUACAAGAUAACCAUAAUGUUUCUAUACAACAGACGAAAGCCGAAGAACGCGCAAAAACUUCACUAAAUGUGGAGUAA